CUGCUCUGCCAGUAGUACUGAGCUCUGCGAAGAUGCUGAUUUUAGAGAGACCAGUCUGUUGGGCACAACGGUUAGCAGGUACCAUCGAUACCUUAAGAGACCAGGAGAAGUGUUGAUCUCUUUUCAGAGAGCUCCAUCUGACUGCAUAGCAUCUUUUUCCUCAUCUGACAACAGCUGAGAAUGGUUUUUCUCCCCAAGGCUUUAUACGUUCAUCGUCCAGAGUGAUUUCCAUGUCAGCAGGCUUUAAUGAGAAUUACUGAAGUCUGGAUUGUUAUUUUGAUACUAUAACCUGCAAUAAGUGGCAAUGUCAAGGGUUCCCACCCCACCUCCUCCUGGGGAGAUGUCCAGUGGACCUGUGGCUGAAAGCUGGUGUUACACACAGGUUAAAGUAGUAAAAUUUUCCUACAUGUGGACCAUUAAUAACUUCAGUUUCUGCCGAGAAGAAAUGGGUGAAGUUCUAAAGAGUUCUACCUUUUCAUCAGGGCCAAAUGACAAAAUGAAGUGGUGCCUGAGAGUGAAUCCAAAGGGAUUAGAUGAUGAAAGCAAAGACUACCUGUCAUUAUAUUUGCUUUUAGUCAGUUGUCCAAAAAGUGAAGUCAGAGCAAAAUUCAAAUUUUCCCUGCUGAAUGCUAAAAGAGAAGAAACUAAAGCAAUGGAAAGCCAAAGAGCGUAUCGGUUUGUACAAGGCAAGGACUGGGGUUUUAAGAAAUUUAUCCGAAGAGAUUUUUUGCUAGAUGAAGCUAAUGGUCUUUUACCAGAUGACAAGCUUACGUUAUUUUGUGAGGUAAGCGUGGUCCAAGACUCAGUAAAUAUAUCAGGACAGUCUAAUACAAACACUUUGAAGGUACCUGAAUGUCGACUAGCAGAAGAUUUAGGGAAUCUCUGGGAAACAACAAGAUUUACAGAUUGCAGUUUUUAUGUAGGAGGACAAGAAUUCAAAGCUCAUAAAUCUAUCCUUGCAGCACGAUCUCCAGUUUUUAAUGCAAUGUUUGAGCAUGAAAUGGAGGAAAGCAAAAAGAACCGUGUGGAAAUAAAUGAUGUAGACCCUGAAGUUUUUAAAGAAAUGAUGAGAUUCAUUUACACAGGAAAAGCACCAAACCUUGAAAAAAUGGCUGACAAUUUGUUGGCAGCUGCAGACAAAUAUGCACUGGAACGGCUGAAGGUCAUGUGUGAGGAAGCACUCUGUAGUAACCUCUCGGUAGAAAAUGUUGCUGACAUUCUUAUCCUCGCAGAUUUGCACAGCGCUGAACAGUUAAAAGCACAAGCAAUAGACUUUAUUAACAGGCAAGUAAUAUUUAUGAGACUCCAAAUAUAUUUGUACUUAUGUUUUGUGUACCGUCUCAAUAUUAGCACAGUUCUCUCUUCUAGGUGCAGUGUUCUUAGACAACUUGGGUGUAAAGAUGGGAAAAACUGGAAUAGCAACCAAGCAACAGACAUAAUGGAAACAGCAGGCUGGAAGUCCAUGAUCCACUCCCACCCUCACUUAGUAGCAGAGGCCUUUCGCGCACUAGCAUCUGCACAGUGUCCACAGUUUGGCAUUCCACGCAAACGGCUAAAACAGUCAUGAAAUCUUCCAUGAACUUAGAGAAAUUGAAUUGACUCUACUCCUCCAUGUCCAGAGGUGUUUUCACAAACCAUAACAAGAGUUUUUGUUAUCCUUGUACACAGAACAGAAGCUGAAAAAGCCUAUUGUUUGCUUUUCAGAUGGAUAAUUUAUGGUUUAAUCCUCAGCUUUAAAUUAGACUGAUUACUCUAAUUCACUGAAAGGCCUUAAAUUAUCUUCAAUGACUCUAGUCCAUAUAGUUUAAUGUAUCUUGAUUUUUUUUAUUAUUAUUAUUUUUUAAUGUGCCUUGUCUUUUUGACUAGGCUCUGCAGGAUUGCACUAGCUCCAUAAUGCAGUAAAGUUGAUAACUGAAGAUUAAUUUUUGAAAGGGAUCUUCCAUUAUUUUCAGAAGAAAAAAGAUUAUUAUAGUUUGGUCCUGUGCUAACUGGAAGGUUUUAACUAGCCUCUCAUUGAAAGCACUUGAACCAGAGGCGCGUAAUGUACCCUAGGCAAGUGCUAAGUAUAGGGAGAGCCUGUUUACCUUCAGCGAAUGCCUACAGGCUAUUUAUGGCAAUAUACUGCUUUGAACAUAAUUUAUUUUUCAUUGUGGGGCAAAUAUGCAAUGGUUUGGCCCAAAAAUGUAUUUUCAUUACAGUUUGUAAUGCUUAUUGUGUGUGUGUCAAAGCUGUCCAAACGGUGAAAAGAAACACAGAAUAAACCUCUUACUUGUGUUUCUUUACGGUCCAUCACUAGUUUACAUUUAAUGCAGAACUGAAUGAGAGGCAAGGAGUUCAAUGUGAAAACGGAAUAGUAUUGUGUAUGGAAAAAUAUAUCCCACAUGUACGGUUACAUAGCAAAGUAAAGGAUGCAUAGAAUGACCAAAUGUAAAUUGAAGAAAUGGGCCAAAUGGAUUAUAUGCACUUUUAACGUGUAACUUUUGUAUGUUGUGUGGUACAUAUAUAUUUUGCUUUUGAUGAAUUAAUGAGGUACAGGUAAUUGUGGCUUAAUUUUUUGGAUACAUUUUCAAAUGCCCACAGCCACAUGGGAUUUAGUUUUGUUAGAAGAGAAAGGCAUGUCUUUUUAAGACUCGGUUGAAGGUGACUAUUGCAGGCUUUUGUAUUUAAGUAACAGAAUAUUUUCUCUUAUUUGAAAAAGGCAUGUGAAAGAUAAAAUUCUGGAGGAGGGAUUUUUCCUGUCUCGAUGUGUGUGCACAGUUUCUGUUAACACCUGGGGAGGUUGCAUACACAUCAAGAGGAAUAUUUCCCUGAAAUGUCAGAUGGUGUUUGCAAGCAGAGACUUGCUCAGUCUUGCAUUUCAGUUAUUGUGCUAGCAUUGUGGAUGAUAUUGAAAUUCUGCAUAAUGUGAAAAGGAUGAAACAUUUGUAAACUGCUUGUCAUGGGCCAGUUCUUUAUUAUAUGAACCUUAGCUUUAAUACCAACAUCCUCAGUGUUUGAUAGCUUUGUUUACAAUUGGGAGGAAAAGUCUGCAGUAGUGCACGCUCUAAAUGUUUCCUGAGUUAUUACAUUAAGUUUACUGUAAUAGUGAAAAUGCGUUGCAUUUCUUCUUUGGGAAGACUUUGGUUUUGUGAUGGAGAAUGGGAGGAGAUCUCACCUAAUUUAUAAUCAUGUUUGGAUAAAGGUUUAAGUUUGCGUAGUUUAAAAAAAAAAAAAAGUUAUGCAGGGAGGAGAGAGGAGGAAUUUCACAUUGUUUACUAUCUUAAAAUCUAUCUGCAUCCUCAUUUCAUUAGGAUUCAUCUGAAUUGCUCUAAAUGAAAUUUUUAGAGGAAAGAGUAUAUAGUUUUAUACUUCGGUGUCUAGCGAACCGUUAGCAAAGACAAAUUGGAAAAAAAUGCCCGGGCCAAUUUCUAAAUAAAAUAACCUCUAAAUAUGCGUUUUCUUACCUUCUAACUAAAUCUUUAUGAUGGAUAAAGUGUAAAAUCAGAAACUUUAAUAGUACAUAAGGCAUCAAAUUAUAUAUUUACAGAGAUUUAUCCUUUUAUCAAUUUUUAAAUAUUUAUCUAAGGUCUCAUAAGCAUUCUUCACAAUAAGACGUAAAGAUAAUUGUUCCCUCCAAAAAGUGAUGUUUUUGCUGCACUGUGUAAUGUGUUAGAACUAAAUAUCCUCAUACCCAUCACUGGUAAAACUUGCAGCUCUAACGUACCAAGUGACUUGAAUAUUUAACACUGUAAUGAUUGUCCAGUUCAGCUUGUUCUAAAGUAACAGCAUACAGUAAUCUAAUGGAACGCUUAAGGAUUUUAUGAAGACUUUUUUCAGAAGCUUAAUAGCACACUUUGUACCAAAAAGUCAGACACUGUGCUGUGAUGUUAUCUACGUUGUGAAGUGUCCACUUUUCAAGUUAGGCAGUGUAUACCAUACAUUACACUAACAGGGAGAAAACACAAAAAUCAUGAUUGAUCUGUUGAGAUUUGGUUUUAUUUAUUAUGUAUAUUAAGUUUUAUCAGCUCUUAAGGAAAAGGUAAAACAGUUGCUGUAUUCUUAAGUGAGCGCACUAACUAUUCACCCCUUCUGUUCUCUAACUACAUGCAGUGUUCUCACUGGAGCAGGACAGCUGAUAACUGCAGCGUUCGUCAGAUUCAGUAGCUUGUUUUCAUUCCCCACAUCUCAAGAGCUCGCCCGUCAAAACCUCAGUUGUCAGUUCUAAGUGCAGCAGAUAUAAAACUAUCUAUUACAACGGACAGGUUUUUUUCAGGCUGAAGUCUUUAGGGUUUUUUCUUAGUUUUGUAUACAGAUUAGGAAUAUGUUGUAUGAAGGUGCCAUGUUUUGGCUUGCCAACACUACUCCCUUGGAUAUAUGUGAACCACCGCUUCCAUACUUUUCUGGGGAGAACCCUGCAUGUGUCCUGUGUGUGUGUGCGUGUGCGUGUGUAUGACUGUGCGGUGUUUUUUGUCAAGAAUGACUUUCUAAAAAUAAGGACUCAAUUUGCUGUUAAAAUGCUAUUAUGUAUUAUAUAUUUUUUUUCCAUUUGGACCUCUCCUAAGGAGAUGCUUUGGGUGGAAGAGGCUUCAAUAAACAAUCCUUAUUUUCUAGUCCAUUUACUGCAUGCAGAAGUAUAAACACAUUGUGCCUUUUUUAGGAAACUGUUGCAAUGAAGGGAAGAUUUAACAGGAUACAAGAUCUUUUAAAAAGGUAUUUUUAAAGGUGAAGGAGAAUAUUUGACAGGUGGUUGAGUAAAAGUUACAGAUUAUACCUUUGAACUCUGUUGCAUGUUGACUCUUGCUUCCACAAUUAAGUUUUCCUGAGAAACUACACUUAGUUUCACUGUGGAAACUGCAAAAAUGUGGAAUUACAGAUACAAGUUGAGUAAUGGUAUAUUUUGUGAAAAUGUGAACAUAUUUGCUGUUACAAGCUGAGUGUAUGUCAAAAUGUGAUAAUCAUGGAUACAGAGUUAGUUUUACAAGUUACUCUAGUUUUGAUGUUUUUCUAAACAUUGAGUGUUUAGCAUAAAAUUCACCUUUGCACAGGUCAGUAGAAGACCUACAUGGAGAUGAUGUUCCUUUUAAAUCCUCAUGGUAAGGUUUCUCCCUUGGGAGAUUAAAAUAAUGUGCAGUACUUGAAACUGUGUUUCAUAAGACAGUGAAUUGCAAAUGUGAGGUAUUGCUGCCUGAAAUUGUUGAAUUACGUUGACUUUUGCAGUUGGUUAAAAUUCCUUAUCUUAAUUGAUUUUUUUGUAUUUGACAAAUGGAAUGUUCUUUAUCUGGUGUUGAUAGCAUAUUUAGUACAGAGCUUAGCUCAUUAGCUAGCAAGACACUGACUUAGUCUCAUAACUUGGCUUCUGCUUACAGUAAAUGGACUGUUUGUAAAGGGAAUUCACUAUUUCAAGUGUUUUGCAAGGAACUUCGCUGUAUUUGUAACCUGGUUUUUGAAGGCUUGAGAUACAUGAGUCCUAUUUUAGAAAUUAAGCCAGUGAAAUGACUUAGACCUGUUUUGGGGUGGAAAUGACUAAGAAUUCAGAUAUGUAAACAGUUGUAUCAAACCAUCCAGCCUUUUUUAUCAGCUGAUGUUAAUGGUGAAAUACUUUUUGUACCUUGUUGCUGAAAAUAUUUUUGCGUUUCAGCACAUCAAGUUACAAUAAAGUUGUUACUUAUACAGAA